GCCCCCGUUCCGACGGCAAAGCGGACACUUUCCGUCGGUUUCGCGUCACCUCGGGAGGUGGCAACAUGAAAAACUCGAGCCGGCCCUUGGGUCGGCCUGGAAUUGUGCUGUUGCUGGUGAGCUGCCCCCUCCUGGUCAUGUUGCAGAGCGCACCCAGCACAGCUCAGAGCGGCCACCUUGGCGAGAACGACCCAGACAGGUGCAUGAGGCAUCACUUCGUGGAGACCAUCACCCACCCCAUCUACAAGUGCAGCUCCAAGAUGGCGCUGCUGGCGCGAUGCGAGGGCCACUGCGGCCGCAGCUCCCGCUCCGAGCCCCUCAUCUCCUUCAGCUCCGUGCUGAAGCAGCCCUUCCAGAGCUCCUGCGCCUGCUGCCGCCCCCACUCCUCCAAGCUGAAAGCCGUGCGUCUCCGUUGCUCCGGCGGCCUGCGCAUCACUGCCACCUACCGCUAUAUCCUAUCGUGCAGCUGCGAGGAGUGCAGCUGAACCUUGGGGGGGGGCUGGACUUCCUCCACCAACAGGAAGAGUCGGAACCCGACGCCGAAACUCAGACCGUCACGCCUCACGAAAAGCACCGAUUACGAAACGUUUUCAAAGGAAAGUCUUCAGAACUGUGGAACCCGUCUCCCCCCGGCAGCACGAUGUUGUUCAGCACGUCACAUUGCUGUAGGCUGUAGGCUUUCAAGAUUAUGGAUUGUGGCUCCGCAACGUCUGCUGUGUUAGGAACCGGAAAGCUGCGCGUGGCCCUCGCGGAAAUGACGAGCGCUCGGAACGGCCCUCGGCACUACGCAAAAGCAUCGCCGAUAGAAUCGGAACCACAGGUGCAUUGUGGGUAUGAGGGUCACAGGAUUUAUUCGGAAUUGACACACCCAGGACGGGACGCCAGUCCGUCGCAAGGCACCCCAAGCGGGACUCGAA